AUGCAGAGAACGUUGAGGGUGGGCACUGCAGCUGCAGUUCGCUUGGGCGCUUCUUCCGGGACCUGUGCUCGAACGCUGCAUGCUUCAGCGGCCGUCGGUCAGUCGGCAGCCUCUACGAACCCAGAAGCGGUGCAGGUGGCAUUGAUCCAGUUCCACAGCGCCUCUGCCAACCCCGAUGAGAAUCAGGCCAAGGCCGAGGGCUUCGUGCGCGAGGCCGCCCGCAAUGGCGCUCAGUUCAUCCUUCUCCCAGAGCUCUACCGGACCAUGCUUCCGCGAGAGCAGAUGCCCCAGUACGCCGAGUCCAUACCGGACGGACCCACCUCACGCCGCUGGGCCGGCUUAGCUAAAGAGCUCGGCGUGUGGCUGCUGGGCGGUUCCAUGAUCGAGCCCGUGGAGGGCCAGCCAGGCAAGCUCUACAACACCGCCGUGCUCUUCUCCGAUUCGGGCGAUCUGGCGGCGCGGUAUCGUAAGAUUCACCUGUUCGACGUCUGUGUGCCUGGCGUCGUCGAUUUCCAGGAGUCGGCGCUCAUUUCGUCAGGCAAAGAGACGACAACGGUCGCUUCGCCGUUCGGCAAGCUGGGCCUCUCGGUGUGCUACGACCUUCGCUUCCCGGAACUCUUCCGCCACCUGGCCAAGCAGGGAAUGGACAUUCUGUGCCUCCCCGCCGCAUUCAACUAUGGCACGGGGCAGAAGCACUGGCUGCACCUGCUCAAGGCGCGAGCUAUCGAGAAUCAAUGCUUCGUGCUCGCUCCGAACCAGGUCGGGGAGGCGCCCAACAAGUUCAAGUCCUGGGGCCACUCACUGAUCCUCGACCCAUGGGGCGAUAUCGUGGCCGAGGGCGGUGAUGGCGAGGAGAUCGUGUAUGGCAAGCUGGACCUGUCCCUCUUGGGCAAGUACCGAGAAGCUCUGCCCUCGCUCAAGCACAUCCGGAAGGACAUCUUCCACGUCUGA